CUUCCGCUCUCUCGUUUGUAUUAAAGUUUCUUUGGCAUUUAAGUUUUUUUUUACAAUGGAAAAAAAGUCAGUUGCGCCCUCUACCCCUCUUAGAAUUCGUAUUUCUCUUACUUCUGCAAAUUUGAAGAGUGUGGAAAAUGUUUGCAGGGAUUUAACCUUUAAUGCUAAAAAAUUGGGCGUCAAAUUUCGCGGGCCCGUUCGUAUGCCCACUAAGAUACUUAACAUAACAACUCGGAAGACUCCCAACGGCGAAGGCUCUAAAACUUGGGAUCGUUAUGAACUGCGAAUCCAUAAACGCUUAAUCGAUCUCCACGCUUUCUCCAAAGAAGUUGUCAAAGAGAUCACAGCCAUUUCGAUUGACACUGGAGUGGAUAUAGAGGUCACUGUGUAAUUUUAUAACUGCAACCGUUGCAAAUUACUACGUCAGCAG